CAUUAUUUAUGCGAAGAUCUCAUCACAGCAGCAGCAGCAGGCGCCUCGGAAGACACGACCACAUGCGCCCGCCAGAGGGCAACCGCCGCCAUCACAGCCGCCCCGGCCACACACGCAAAAAACCCAUUCCAUUCCCACACAGACAUGACUAAAGCCAUCACCGGCGCCUCGGCCACGGCUCCCAAGAACCCCACACCAUUCACGAACCCAACGGCGCCCACGUCAGCCGCCACGGCGCCACUCAGCACAGCGUCCACGCCGGAAUUCAACACGCCAAACGCCGCCACCAAGACCGCCACCACCAGUGGAUCUCCUCCGGGUGCUGCUCCUGCAGCUGCAGCAGCCAGCAAAGAAAUGGCGCCUCCUGCAGCCAAAGAGCAGAGUGAGCAGGUGCGGAGAGCAGAGUCGCCCGUGUUGCCCAGGAGCCAGGCACCGACGGCGCCGCCGGCCUCCACGGUGGCGGAAAGGGCGCCUGCUGUUUCCGCGUCCAGGCCCAGCGUGAUGACAGCAAGGAAAGUUGACAUGUUCAAAUUGGUCAUUUUGAGUCUGGCGUUUUGCCUCUGCCUCUCCCAAGCCAACUACAUCCAAAGGAACCCCAAUGACCCAUCGUCAUACAACUUCCGGUAUCAAGUGCGCGACAACAUCGGAAACAACUACGGGCACCAGGAACAGCGUCAAGGAGACAAUACCCAGGGGGAAUACAGGGUGCUCUUGCCCGACGGCCGGGUGCAAAUAGUCUCCUACAGGGUGUCCGGCGACUCCGGGUUCGUGGCCAAUGUCGAGUACGAAGGCGAAGCCCGUCAGCAGUUCCAGUCCCAGGGAUUCCAGGGCCAAAAGUUCCAGAAAAACUACAACCACUACUAGUGGCGUCAUCUAUCCAAACAUGCAAUUAGUAUAUCAUUCAAAAUGAGAUUUUCGGAUUCGACAUACUAACAAUCGACGAAGAUAGAGGGCCUUUUUUUUCUUCUUCUUCUUCUUGGAUUUACGAUUUUUGUAUGAUGAAUUUAUUCUGGAUGGGUUAGAUGAAAAUUUGCCGUUCAGACGUCACUAACGUACCGAGUACAUUAUUCUUGGGGGGGUCUGGUACGUCAACAUUUAAUACUAACGGCGGAAAAUACUGCAGUAAUCAAAUCAAUAUUUUUUUUCAUGUGCACCGAAUUUCUACCGCUUUCGUCACCAAUCUUGCAAAAAAAAAAAAAGAAAUCAAACCAAACAGAUGCCAAUUUGAAUUGGCGAGAAACUUCAGAUCAAAAUUCAACUGCUUGAGAACCAUUUCCUUUGGUUCAAAUCUGCAAAAUUUGAGAAAACAAAAUCCCAGUGCGCAGAUAUUUCUUCAAUUGUACAGGUUUCCAAGCUUGAAUUUGUUUACUUUGCAAUUCCGUUUUCCGCGAGAGUUACUAGAAUAAUUUUUGCUAAUAUUGCCUUGUACAAUGCGAAAAGUAUGUGAAUAAAAUUCGUCAAACGACUUGAAA